CUUCAGCAUUACAUUAGCUCAUAGCUGAACGUGAAGCCGAGACCCUCAACAGCCGUUCACCAUGGGCGACGUAAAGGUGUUCACAGGUACGAUCGUCCACGCAACAGACUUGGAACCUAUGCAGAUCCUCGAAAACAUGGCCGUCGGUGUCCUGAACAACAAAAUUGUGUUUGUUGAACCGGCGAGUGAACUUGCGACCCUAAAAACCAAAUAUAAGAUUCAAGAUACGAGAGAGAUAACUAUGACGCAGAGCCAGUUCCUGAUGCCGGGUUUAGUGGACACGCACAUCCACGCCCCGCAGUUCCCCAACACCGGGAUCCACCUGGUCCUCCCUCUGCUCGAAUGGCUUGACAACUACACCUUCCCGACGGAGGCCAAGUUCGCCGACGGGAAAUUCGCGCAGUACGUUUAUGGAGCUGCCGUGGACCGUCUGCUUCGAUGCGGCACCACGACAGCCACCUACUUCGGUUCGUUACACCUGGAGGGAACCAAGAUCCUGGGCGACACCGUCCAUGCCCGGGGACAGCGCGCUCUGGUGGGAAAAGUCAACAUGAUCGCGAAUUGCCCAAGUUAUUACCAGGAAGCUUCCCUCGAGGACUCACUUAGGGAGACCGAGGAGUUCAUACUUUACAUCAAAAAUUUAAAAUCAGAUUUGGUGCUGCCUAUCGUCACGCCGAGGUCUGCCCCGACGUGUCCGAAGGAGCACAUGGAAAGACUCGCUCAGCUGGCUCUGAAGCACGACUGCCACAUCCAAAGCCACAUCUGUGAGAGUCGGUCAGAAAAUGACUGGGUGCAGGAGCUGUUCCCUUGGUCGACGAGCUAUGCCGACGUCUACGGCACGGUGGGCCUCCUUACAGACAAGACGGUGAUGGCGCAUGGAGUGUGGCUGAAAGACGAGGAGGUGGCACUGCUGAAGGAGAGCGGCACGGGCGUGGCUCACUGUCCCAACUCGAACCUUUCUCUGAGGUCGGGACUCUGCGACGUCCGGAGGCUUCUGAGUGCAGGCCUCAAGGUCGGCCUUGGCACAGAUUGCUCAGGUGGUUAUUCUCCCUCGAUCCUAAAUUCCCUGCGCCAGGCUGUGCUCAUGUCAAAGACCAUCUCCACGAUGACCGAGGGAUAUGAGAGCAUCACCCUGCAGGAGGCUUUCCGACUCGCCACUCUGGGAGGCGCCAAGGUCAUUUGCAUGGAGGAUCGGAUCGGAAACUUUGAGGUUGGGAAGGAGUUCGAUGCCCUUUUGGUAGACGUGGCAACAAUGGGAACACCCCUUGAUAUCUUCCCAGAGGACACAACCGAAGAGAAGAUAGAGAAAUUCCUAUACAACGGAGACGAUCGAAAUAUUCUACAGGUUUACGUUGCUGGAAGGAAUGUAAUGGACAAAACGCGAUGAUUUUCUUCAGUCAGCCCUCGGAAACGGUUCUGGAAUGGCCGUUCUCUUUAGUAAUGACAAAAACUGUUUUUAAAUUUGAAUUUGAUUUUAUCAUCGAAUAUUCAUAUCAUAGAUAAAACAGAUGGUUGUUGUUUUUAACACUGAAUUUGAUAUUAUUGAACAUCUUGAUCUUAGAUAAUACGUAUGCUUGUUGUGUUCAAAUCGAACUUGUUUUUAUUAUUAAAUGUAAUGCGCAUCAUCUGACAACAAACUGUUGAUUGGUCAAGUAGGAAUUUAUUCUAUUUUAUAUUGGCUGUGUAUUAGAUGAACCUGUGGAAGCAUAUAUUCACUAAAAGAUAAUCCAAAUUCAUACAACCCUCAGUAACAUAAAAAUGAUUAUUAUGUAUAGUUAUGUUUUGAAGUGCAUGUCAACAUCUCUCUUUUAUAUAUCUAUGUCUGUCUAUAUAUGUAUCAUAGUUCUAUUAUCUGAUUAAAUCCAAGCUUAGAACGCAAUUUUCCUAUUGAUGAGAUAAUAAUAGAACAUAAGAAUGAUGAUAUUGACGUAGCAUUAGCAAUAAUCAUUGGAAAUACUAUGAUUGUUAAGAGAGACUAUAUAACUUCAAAAAAAUAAUUAAUGUGGAUAUAAAGGUUAUCAUAAAUUGAUACAACCCAAGACUGUUACGUAAACGUGUAUGGAAAUAAUGAUAAUAAAAAUGUACAUAAUCCUU